UGCAAUAGAAAGUGAGAGAGAAGGGUGAAGGGAGAAAAUACAAGACCUCCCCCCCUCCUUACCCCAAAGGUGUGUUACAACAGAAUGCCUGACAGUAGCUAAAACUGCACUUAUGCACCCAGAGCGUGGAACAGGAGUCUGCUCUUCUUCUCAAGACCCAACCUUUGAAUCUACUUUCCCCAAGAUGCACCAGUGAACUCGGGCGGAAAGAUGCCACGCACCAAGCAGAACAACCCGAAAAAUUUAAAGGAUAAAAUCGAAGAGGCACAGAAAGAGCUCAAAGACCCUAAAAGCUCACAGAAAGGGACAUCUGAAAGCUGCCGAAGACAUGCAGAUAACAUAAAAGGCCUUAAGAGGAAAAAGGUCGUUGGAGAGAAUCAGCUCAAGAAAAUUCCUAAAUCGCCAGUGAAGAAGCCCCUCCAGUCAAAAACAUCAGGAACUCCCCUCCAAGGAGCAUCAUCCAAGGAAACUACACCAUCCUGCUCCUCAUACUCAAACAGCCCUUCCCACAGUCCCUCUAGGUCACCCAGUGGGAACAGAGACCCAGAAUAUGCCCAAACAGUUUCAGCAUCACCUAAAGAUGAAUCAUCAGCCACUGGUCAUGAAAGGUUGAAUCAGGUAGAACCAUCCUCUUCAAGGCCACCAUCUCUUCAUCCCAUCAGUGGUGAAAAGGAGUGUUCAACUGCAGUUGAAGUGUCUCAGCCAAAAGACAGUGAGAGCAGCAACCCUAGUUUUGAGGGGGAUUCCUACCACACCAGUGCCCCCCUUGAAGUUCUACUAAAGGCCAUGGAGCAAGACUUUAGUACACUGGCUGAGAGGAAAAACUCCUUGCAAAUUGCAGCUAUUGGAAAACCAGCUUCCACCAUCACUGCUCAGCCCGGUAGUGAAACAAAAGCGAUGCCAGCUGUCAAUUUUGGUCUCCAGACUCAACCGUCCCAUAUGCAGACUUACUAUGUUGACAAACAAGGUAACUUCAUUGGCAUUGCAGCACCACUACAAGGAAAUAUACAGACAUCUGCACAUGGUGCUCCCUUGCAGCCUUCUCAGCAUUCUGCACCACAUUAUAUACCUGUUGCUUCGAAUCAGGAAAAGCCCAGCUUGCACAUGAGUUUCAGUGCCGGACCAUCCACCAUAACUCAUGCCCCUGUCCCGUCAGGCUCCAAUUCCUUGCCACAAAGUCAGCCACCAGUUGUGCACACUUGCCAGUCCCUCUCAGCCAGUGUUCCCAGCACCAUUCAGGUCCCAGUUACACCAGGCUGUAACCAAGUUCAGAUGGCAACAGUUAUGAACUUUAGUGCUGAGCAGGUGGCUAAAGACCAGAAGCCCAAGAAGCCGGGGAAGUAUGUGUGUGAGUAUUGCAAUCGUGCAUGUGCAAAGCCCAGUGUGCUGCUCAAACAUAUAAGAUCUCACACAGGAGAAAGACCGUACCCUUGUGUUACAUGUGGUUUCUCAUUCAAAACAAAGAGCAACUUGUACAAGCAUAAGAAAUCACAUGCCCAUGCUAUAAAACUAGGUCUUGUGGCACGCUCCGAAUCUAGUGGCGGGUCUCUCUCCCAAGAAUCUGACAAAGCCCUUGGGACACAUUCAGAGGCAGAGGACAGUGGGGACAGUGAUGAGGAUGGUAGCACUGCAGAUUUGGACCCCGAUUCAUCACAAAGCAGUGUGACAGCUUUGUCUGAAAGUAGUUUGCAUAGUGCAGGUACAGCCCAAGCAAGCCAUGGAGAGGUGGAUUUAUCAGCUGUCAUUGAGUCUAUCAAACCAGCCUCUGGUCAGAGGAGUUAUGAGCCCAAAGUGACAGCUGCACUUCCAAAGGUAGUUGUUUACCCAGUUAAUGUCUCCCCUCUGAGGGCUGAUAGUCCACGAGUGACAGAUUCAGCACCUGAGCAAGCUGCUGCACAACGGCAACGAGAGUUCCAAACAGCCAAUCUGAGAUCCAGCAUCACAGUCCUGUCAUCUCUGAAAGAGGUAGACUGUACAAAUCCCUCACUAGACACUGUGAGCGAAGACGAGGACCAGCACUGCAAGUCUCCGCUGAUAGGUGGACAUGCUCAGCUUCAGAGACAACAAGCAACAGACUUUUCCCAGCAGCAACAGGCAAAGUGCCUACUUAGCCCACGCAGUUUAGGAAGUACAGACUCUGGCUACUUUUCACGCUCUGAAAGUGCCGACCAGGCAAUGAGUCCCCCUAGCCCAUUUGUAAAGAUAACUCCACCAGGAGACAUAGAUGUUUCCAAGAACACUCUACCCAAUGUCCCUCCUGUGGUUGCCACAGUAAUGCAUGUAGCAGCUGAGGAAAAGCCAAGAGACACACAGGGACAGAUGCGUCCACCACUGGAAGCAAAAACACUCUCACUGGAAGAGCGAAUUUCAAAGUUGAUAUCUGACAAUGAGGCAGUGGUUGACAACAAGCAGUUGGACAGUGUCAAGCCAAGAAGGACCUCUCUCUCAAGGAGAGGUAGCAUAGACUCCCCUAAAUCAUACAUAUUCAAAGACUCUUUUCAGUUUGACUUAAAACCAAUGGGAAGAAGGUCUAGCUCCAGCUCAGAUAUCCCCAAGUCCCCAUUUACCCCCACAGAUAAAUCAAAGCCAGUAUUUCUUCUCUCUGUACCUCCUCAAUACCCACCAAUGGAUUGCUUGCCAAUAACAAGGAGUAACUCUAUGCCUACUACACCAGGACACUCUGCUCUUCCCAUUAAUGUUGCCCCCCAGCCACAUCCUUUGCGAAUUUGUCAGUCAUUUGAUGACAAAAUUAGUUCAUUUAAUGAUGAUGUGUUUUCAUCAGCCCCAUCUACCCCAAAUCCAGCAAUACACUCUCGUACCUUAGUCAGGCAAGUAGCAGUGGAGGACUUUUCCACAAGUGAGGGGCAUGGCCUCCCUUCUGUCCGCUCCAUGGAUGAGGGCUAUCAUGGUCCAAUUAAUUCCACAGAGAUGAUGCAAAGAAGCAGAUCCUUUGAACAUAGUCAGGACAGAAACAGAAAGCCUCUGCAGAGUAAAGGCACAAUGUAUGAAUGUGAGACCUGUCGUAACCGGUACAGAAAAUUAGAAAAUUUUGAAAAUCACAAGAAAUUUUAUUGCUCUGAGCUCCAUGGUCCAAAAAACAAGCCAGUCCCUCUUAAAGAAACUGACCAAGAUGUUUUUCAGAGUAACACACAGCAGCCCAUAAUUCACAGAUCACCGGGCAUUUCAGGAGUACUUGAUAAACAGACAUCAAUUAGAAAGAGAAGGAAAAUGAAGAGUGUUGGUGAUGAUGAUGACCAGUCUCCAACUGACACCAUUCCUCCUUGUUCUGUCAGUUUUGAUUCAUGUCAGCUACCAACAGCUUUGGCAGGUCGGGCAUUUUCUCAGCAUGCUGUCAUGGUGGACAUACAGCCUAAAAACAACCAGACAAACCUACCUCAGCCCCAACUUGUAGCAAGAGGUAUAGACACUUCAGAUUCCAGACUGUCACCAAUAAGAGAAGCCCAGAUCAGCACUUCUACAAAAGGAGACUUGCAGAGGCAAGGCAGCGGUACUUCAGUCAUCAGACACACCAACUCUCUCAGCAGACCCAAUUCAUUUGAGACAUCAGAAUCUUUCGACAGGACCUCUCCUGUUGAUAGUAUGGAAAAGGAUGCCCUCAACAAGGGCAAAACAGAUGCUACGGCAAAUGCUACAGUUGACAGCUACCAUGACAAAAUACCCAAGAGUGCUGACUAUGGAAAACAAAGGAUGGAACAGUGCACCGAUGGCACACUAGCAGCAAUUGGUGAAAACUGUACCCCCGUCCACCAGUCUCGUCUGGUUCGUCAAAAUAACAUCCAGGUUCCUGAAAUUCUGGUCACAGAGGAGCCUGACAGAGAACAUGAGACACAGACUGCUGAACCGGCAGAUAAGCCAGCAGAUCCAUUCAACUGGCCUCAGAGAAGUGAGAGUUUGUCCAAGUUGCCAGCAGAAAAACUUCCUCCUAAAAAGAAGAGAAUUCGUCUUGCUCAAAUGGACCACUCCUCAGGUGAAUCCAGUUUUGAGUCUAGCCUCUCACGAAGCCUCAGCAGGGACAGCAGUCUUUCUCGUUGCUCAAGUGUUUCAGCCUCUUUUGACAGAGAUGAGCCAACCAGAUCAGAGAGCCCUUCUAGAGGGGAGUGUGUCAGCAAGAUUCCAGAGUCUCAAGGGUUACCAACUGCCUUCAAUACACUUGGUGUACCUGGCAUGAUGAGGCGCGCUGCAUCUGAACAGAUCACUUGUACACCAUCUGUGGAGAUUUCAUGUGACUACCGUAGCAAAUCCUUUGAUUGUGGAAAUGUAUCUCCCAGCAGAUCCUUGUCCCCAGUUGCUCAGCCAAAAACUACACAAAUGUCCCAAGUUGCCCAGGUGCCACUCAUUGAGAGGCGACGGGGGCCAUUAGUGCGCCAGAUGUCUUUAAAGAUAGGUCCAGAGAAUCAGCAACCUGUCCGGAAAAAUAUCAUCCCUCUGGAGAAACUUUCCAUCACUAAUGUAAGCUCUUUAAUUCAAAACAGAUCCCAACAGAUUCAUAUUGCCAAUAAGCCCACCAUGGCCCAGUCUUUUGUCCUGCAUUCUGGAGAAGCAGCCUUGCAGAAGAAUGAGCAAAUGGUGCAAAGUAUUAAUUUGGGUAGCCCAACUCAGCAGCCUCAAGUCCAUGGCCUUCCACACCCUUGGCAUCAAACAUCAAGGGUUCAAAUAUGCCAAAAGAUACAGCAACCUCUGAGCCAAAUUUUGGUCCGUCGUGAAAAUAUCCAAAAUAAGUCAGCUGACUCUGAAGAAAAGAAAAGUUUUGUGCCCAAAUACCAGCUACAAUGUCCUGCUCUGAGACCAGGCCAAACAUUUUCAUUCUCUAGCACCCAGGGGACUCAGAUAGCCAUGCCAGUUUUAACAAUACCUAUUGCCAAUCAGAUUUUGAGUGUUUCAAAGUCUUCUGAUGUGCUCCAAAAUGUCUAUGUUGCUCAACAGAGUCAUCAGGCUUCUGAGAUUAAGACACAGAGUGUUGUUUUGCCAGGUGCACAACAAAGGGACCCAUUUAAUCAGGUCCAAGCAAGUGCUGCCCCACUGCCACAGAUCCUGAUAACCCAUGAACAAAUUAACCCUGCUCCCUCUGUGUCCAGUAAAAACAGCCUACCAUCCAUUCCUAGUGUAGAUGGUGACAUCCAUCCUGCACCGACUGUAAGUAAGGAUAGACCCCAAACUCAACGAGUCAGCACUUACAACCAUACUGGAGAAAGAUUACCUUCUCUUGGGUCUUUACAUUGCACACAGAAACUGGCAUCAGUGACCUUAUGCCCACAGCAGGAACCAACUGCCUCCAGCAAAAGAAUGCUAUCCCCUGCUAAUAGCUUAGACAUCUACAUGGAAAAACACCAAAAGCGGGCUAAGGAUGAGCAUGGUGUCGCAUGUCUCACUGAUGGCAGGUCAGUCAACUAUCUCAACUCCAAGGUGGCAGAGGUGACUCGACAGCGGAAAUUAACACUUGUCAGACAAAUUUGCACCACUGAACCAGUAGACAGUCCCAUUGAAACUGAGGCCCCACCACUACCCCAGGAUAAACUAGACGGGGAGAGGGACUCAGAGGCUACUGAUGACUGCAAACCUAUGUCACCUGAUAGCACUGGACUGGAAAAAGGCACAACUACUGUAGUUCCCCAGGUGCCAGUCUCUGUGCUGAAUACACCAGGCAGCCAUGGCACUUCCAUCCAAGCUAACAACUCUCUGAAGCCUCAAGACAAAGCUGAGGAACUGAGAUGGACUCCUGCCAAAUCACCGAUAAGGCCCUCCAGUUUCCAUGGUGGUCAGGUGAAACUGACCUCAUCUGUUUCUGUUUCUGUGGUUAACACAAAAGACAGUCAUCGCUUGUCUUUUCCCAGCCUGAAGACUGCCACCACCUUCACAUGGUGUUUCUUGAUGAAAAGGAAACCUCUCCAUGUUCCACAGACGGACCUGAAGAUUUCAGCAUAUGCUGCCUGGACAGUAAGCCCCAACAACCCUAACCCACUUGGGUUGCCCACCAAGGUGUUCAUGUCUCUUUUUGACUCCAAGCAGAGCUCCAAGAAAAUACUCUACACCUCAGCGAUAAGGACAAGUGGAAAAUCUGAUAUAUUGUCUUACUCAGGCAAGCUGAAAGACAUCAUGCCCAGGGUGCUAAUAACCCAGAAGUCUAUAACAGCUGAAAACCGAAGCAAAGUGCAACCAGAGACUCAGCCCAACAAUGAGUCAGACAAAGACUUGUCAUCCAAAACAGAACCAAGGCGGAUCAAAAUAUUUGAUGGCGGAUACAAAUCUAAUGAAGAGUAUGUUUAUGUGCGUGGACGUGGACGUGGUAAAUACAUCUGUGAGGAGUGUGGGAUCCGCUGCAAGAAACCCAGCAUGCUGCGCAAACACAUCCGCACCCACUCCGAUGUCCGGCCAUACCACUGCGUCCACUGCAACUUCUCCUUCAAGACAAAAGGAAAUCUGACCAAGCACAUGAAAUCCAAGGCCCACAGCAAGAAAUGCAUGGAGAUGGGGGUGCCUGAGGGUCUCAUUGAGGAUCAGGAUGCAGAGGAUUCGGGAGACCGCAGUCAGGUGAGCAGUGCUGAUCGUCCAGAUUCAGACGGUGAUGACUCUGAUGGCCCUGACGAUGAGGAGAAUGAUGAUAACGAGGAGGAAGAGGAGGACAGCCAGGCAGAGUCGGGCCUGUCCACCAACCCCUCUGUCUCUGCCAGCCCUCAACACAUCCCCUCCAACCAGGCCGAGGUCCCUCCUAGUGCUCUCCUAGCCCAGAUGUCCAUCAGUUCAGCUCCCCUCCCUCUGUCCCAACCUCCAAUUCCUGACUCCUACACUUCAGACUUCGAGUCUGUACCCAUGAUGAGCCCCGUGUCCCUGUGCAAGCAGAUGUCCAUCUCUGGGUCUUGCUCCAGCCCAGGCCCCCUCCUUAGCUCUCCUCCGCCUGUUGUCCCCACCUCAGAUUUCUACACCUCAGACACAGAGUCAGUGCACAUGAUGAGCCCUGUGUCACCAUGCAGGCAGAUGUCAAUCGACUACCCUGACUUUGAUGUGCCCCCUAGUCCCCCAGUACCGGGCAAGGGCUCAAAGCUCAGCCAGGACAGCUCAUCCACCCUUCCCACUGUGUCGACAAGUGAGUCAGGAAUACCAGUGGACCGCAGCACCCAGACCUCCUCCUAUGCUUCCCAAGGUCCCAUGCACUUUCCCCCACAGGGCCUAUCCCAUGCACCAGGAGCAGGGACCCAGACACAUCUGUUUAGCCACCUGCCCCUGCACUCCCAGCAGCCUUCUCGUUCCCCCUACAACAUGGUCCCGGUCGGGGGGAUCCAGCUGGUUCCUGCUGGGCUGGCAGCUUACUCCACCUUUGUACCAAUUCAGGCUGGCCCUGUCCAGCUCACCAUCCCAGCAGUGAGUGUCAUCCACAGGAACACCAGCCCGUUACCGGCUCCCAACACUUCACCCCAGCCAGAGAGCUCUCAUGCCCAGCCCCUUGUGGUCCAGGAACCAAUCAGUAGCGUUGUGCCCUGUUUCCCCCUUGGGCAGGUCGCUGGCCUGCAGGCUCAGACUCUGCAGCCUGUGGGUCUGGAGACACUUAACCUCAUGGGGCUGACCAACACAGGCUUGGCAUCCACCCAACUGCUUCCCCAGCAAGGGCUCACCCUCAAUGCCACCCUGGGCCUGCAGGUUUUAGCUGCAAGCCCCACCUCCCAAAGCAGUAUCGGCCCCCAGACACAUAUCCCUGGCCUGCAAAUAGUCAACAUCGCCUUGCCUGCUCUCAUUCCCUCCCUCAGCCCUCUCUCCACCCUAAGUCCUCUCCCCGGGCCCUCAGAGAGGCAGAGCAGUCCAGAAGCUCUGGGAGCCCAGCCUUCUCAAACUGAUCAUGGACUUGGUCCCUCAAGGAGCUGCAUGUCUGCUUCACCACCCAUCCCUGUGAUGGUCAGCAGCCCUCCAGAAGGGACAUCAGGCAGUAGGUUGAGUCCAGGGAGUGAAAGCAGACCAGAGGUCACACAGACUGUGGAGAAGGAGGACAGGGGUACAUCCCCACAGCACCACCCAUCACUAGAACCUGAGAGUGGAGCAGACAAUGUUAAGCAGUUACCAGUUGGGGUAGGCAGCGAUCCUGCACCUCCAAGGCCGCCACUGGUGUCCUCCUGGCAGAAGGGAACUGAUGACUAUAAUGAGGUGUCCAGUGAUGAUGAGGACAGACUGGUCAUCGCCACCUGA